AUGCAAAAUUCUAUAAAUCAAAUUAUCUCCCUAACUAAGCAACUAAAUAGUGUAAAUAAUAAGCUUACGGCCCAAAUUACUUGCGAACGAAAGUCUCUUGCUAAUCUUAAUGCCAAGCAGUUAAAAGAAAUAGAAUCGCUAAAGUCUGAUAUUAAUUUGAAGGAUUCUGAAAUUACCUCUCUUGAGGCUAGAAUAAAUGAACUAGAGGCUGAAUUAGAACAAACAGCCCAAAAAGCUUUACUAAAGGAUGCUGAUACUACCCAGCCACUUCAUGAGAUUAAAAUGAAGAAAUUGAAAAAUGAACUAGAGCAAGUUACACUAAAUUUAUCAUUUAGAGAUGGAUUAAUUUUCUGUCUCCGAUCUAGAAUAAGUGAUCUGGAAGAUGAACUAGAACAGAUCUCUCUAAAACCAGAUCUGCCAUCUAAUGAUCGAAAAACGGAUAGUGAUGCAGUAGAAAGGGAGAUCUCUCUAAAACCAGAUCCAUCAUCUAAUGAUUCAAAAACAGGUGGCGAUGCAGUAGAAGAGGUAUCUGAUUUCUCUAAAACCCCUCUUUUUCUUCAACACCACUCAGAGCUUGAACUCGAUAAAAGCAAAGUAAAGGAUGUG